UUCAUCUUUGGGCAGCUCCAUCGCCAUGGUGACUAGUGGCCGCACGGCGCACUGUUCCAUCCUCAAUGACCAACGGCGUCGCCGCUGCCGCACGUCAUCAAGGUUCCAGCAACGGUGAACAUCGGCGGCGCCACCGCCGCACGCCCUGCUGGAUCCAUCCGCCUGGCCGUGCAGCGGAAACUCUCAUGGAUGUGCGUGAUGGAUCCAUGCAUGGUGGCUCUACACGGACUGCACCCACAGCUAGCGACGACGAUGCCUAUGCGGACAGCACCCCGGCAGCGGCAUCCUCCUCGGCAACGAUGGCUAUACAGCACGGCAGCACCACUCCUUCCCCCGACGGCUUCAUCGCCCGACGCAACCUUAGACGUCGGCGGUGCAGGCUUCCACCAUGUGACCCGGCAGCACGGCUCGCCCUUGCCGGUGCCCCCAAGGACGACGCAGUCGGUCUCGCCGGAUAGUUGGAUGACGGCCUUGGCGAUAGACUGCCUGCAUUGCACAGAUGUCGGUUCGAAUGGUGCCCCUCGGCACUCGGCAGUGACCUAGCAACGUGGUGUCGCUUUCCUCCUGCACGAUGGCAUGGCGGCAAGCCCCUUCCAUGAUGCAGCGCGACUUAUUUGAUUAGAUUUUUAUUGGAUUUAUUUGUACAAAUACAGAAGAAUUUGUUUGAUUACAUCCAAAAGUUCAUGUGUGAUGUAUUACCGAUAAACGACGACAUGUUAG